AUGUGGGACGUCUCCUUUCUUUCCACGUCCGAUGAGUCUCAUGAAGAAAUCUGGAAGAGUUGGGUUAGAAUGGAAAUGGUACAGGGCAAUUGUGUAGCCAACGAACUCCGUGGUGAAUGGAAGCUCCCAGAUAACCAUCGGGAAGAAGAACAGGAUUCCGAUAGGGAUAUACAUCAAGACAAGUGGAAUGAAGGUUUGGACCACCAAAGCGUGGAAAAGUUGGGUUUGAAGGUUCUUGGUGGUCGCCGAGACGGUAGCGGAUUGGGAGAUGGUCUUGCGAAUCUGCCAGUAGCAACGGAUACCAAAGUAGAAGACGGAGAACAUUGA